AGCUCAUGAGUGGACUCAACUUUCAUCUGUGAACGUGGCCCACUGGAGGAAAGCCCAAUGAAAAGUUUGGUUGCCCCCGAACCAAUUCAGUCGGAGUGGAGCAAGUGAACCCCUGCGGCUAUCCACCCACCACCCGCCACCCCGAGCCACCCACUCUAGUCAAAUUUAAUAAAGGCCGCACUGAGCUUCUCUGGUGGUGACUGGCCCACUCUGUCGAUGUCCUGAAUUGUCCUGGCGGGCUCACGCAGUGCGACAAAAGCCGCCCGCAGCGUUUUUAUAUGCGCACAUAAUUCAGAGCGUCGGCCAGUAACACCCGCUGCCAAAAGUUAAUGCCCAAAAGCUCGGCCGCCACAAUGAUAACCAACAAUAAUUUGGAUUAUGACCAGGGCAGCGCCAGCAGCAACACCGUCGCAGCAGCAACAUCGACCGCAAGCACAGCGGCAACAUCGGCGGCCAUGAGCAACAGAAAUGGCAGCACCAGCAGCAGCAGCAACUCCUCGCCCACGGCAGACAAUUCAAAUUCAAAUUCCAACUCAAACUCAAAUAUAAAUCCGAACUCGAAUCAGAAUCAGAAUCAGAAUUCCAACUCCAAUUCAAACUCGUAUUUCAACCGAUUUGACAAUCGUAUAGCAGCAAAUUUGGCUGCCGUUUUAACAGGAGCAGGAGCCCGUUUUCGAUCAUCAUCCUGCAGCAAUCGUCAGCCAGCUGGAUUGGCCAAUUCGGCCGCUUUGAGAUCCCCCUUGGCCACCAUUAGCCGGGGUAAGACAAGUCUGGCCACGCCCUCUUCGCCCGCAAGUCUUGGACGCCGCCGCCCCCUGCAACUCUUCACGCACGCGAAUCUCAAUUGCAAUGACAACGAAAAGGUGGCCAAAACACCGAGCUCUGAUGAGGACAACUCGCCCACCGAACUAAACAGUUGCAAGCGAUUGGCGGACAAGCCUCCUUUGGUCAAACGGCUGACGAUGGGUCUGCUGCGUCACAACGAGGAGUCACGCCCUCUGGUGGGCGACAUGACCCCUUUGAGUGCGCCCCUGGACAUCCAGCCAGUGUAUUCGAAUGGCUACAUCAACGAGGACUCCUACAUCGACAGCAAGUUCGGUGACUCGUGCCGCCAAUCCUUGACAGCCAUUCCAAUGCUGGACAAUGUCAAUCUGAACGACAACAACGAGUUCAACCUGAAGAAGCGAUAUUUAAGGGAGACGAGCAGCGCAAACUCAAGUCCCAAAAUCUUUGCGAAUCGCCUGCGGAUGAACCAGGGAGCCAGUGCCCAGCGGAGCAGCAGUCUGGCCAACGCAUUUGGGAAUGUGGGAGGCGAGGAGGAGGACCUGGAUCUGAAGGAUGCGUGCUGGUAUCAGGCGGGCAUUUCCCGAGAUAUAGCCGUAGAGGUCCUGCAAAGCAAGAGCCCAGGUGCGUUUCUGGUGCGCAAGAGCAGCUCCAAGCCAGGAUGCUAUGCACUGACACUGCGCGUACCUUCGCCACCUGGGCCAAAGAUAGCAAACUAUAUUAUCCUGAGAUCCCCAAGGGGCUACAAAAUAAAGGGCUUUCGCAAGGAGUUCUCCAGCUUGAAGGCCUUGAUCACACACCACUCGGUGAUGCCCGAACUGCUGCCCGUUCCACUGGCCAUGCCCCGACCCACCAACAUGUCAUCCUCCCGGCGGAAUCUCGACGACUUUGAUACCUACGACUCGCUGCAGAUGCUGCUGAAGUAUCUGCGUGCCAAGAACAUGGAAACGGAGCAGCAGCAGUAGCUAAUGGAGGAGAUCGAUCAACUGGUCGCACAAAAUUACAUUUAAGUUCUGGUGCAGCAAAAUAGUUUUGCUUGAAUCGGACCGAUACCGAGAAAAUGUGAUACUCUAUGAAAAAGAAA